AUGCAUGAGGGGCGACGUCGUAAUGGUUGGUCGUGGCCACCAUCAUUUAGGCAAAUUCUUUGUUGGCUUAUCAUACUGUUUAUUUUACCUCUAACUGCAUUUAUGUUUGUACCACUUCACGUUUUCUAUGCUCCGUUGGUGAUAGGAGUUGUCGCUGUUUGGAUAGUGGUUUUGGUUGUUCUGUUAACUACAAUUGAUCCUGCCUACAGCAGGGUGUAUACAUUUGCCAAAGCCGUUCACUUCGAUGCAUCUAAACAUGCUCAUGUGAUUGAAAAAUUCUAUUGUAACGUCUGCCAAAUACAUGUGUAA